GCAUUGGAUCGUCUGGCUCGACAGCGGGCAUCGGGUCACCAGGCAUCAGGCAUCAGGUCAUCUGGCUCGACAGCGGGCACCGAGUCAUCUGGCAAGACAGCGGGCAUCGGGCUGGGUACAGACAUCAGGCUGGGUAGAGACAUCAGGCUGAAUUGCUGGUGCCGAGGCACCAGGUUGAACCACGGAAGGCGGGUUCUCAGACAGCAGGCUGACCGGUUUGGAUACUGGCAGGAUGGUACUGGUUGGAAAGAAUUUUCGCUUUUUUCUGGUUUUAGUUACUGGAGCACUGUAAGUAAACGCAGGUCUGUAAACAAAUGGAGCAGCUAAAGACAGAGAAGAGCUGGAGGAGGGAGCAGUUGCUACAGAGGACUUCUUUACAGGGUUAAAGAAAGGAUAGGUGCAGCGAGUGGGAGCAGGGGACUGGUAUGUGGUAGUUAGCAAAGUAUACUGGGC